AUGGGUCGUUCAUCCGACAAUGAUAGCUUUGCAAGAGGACCGUGGACGAAAGAUGAGGACGCCAUGCUCAUCAGCCUCGUCAAUGCCCACGGACCUCGCAACUGGACGAGCUUAGCGACUCGCAUGACAAGUCGCUCAGGGAAGCAAUGUCGAGAAAGAUGGUUGAAUCAUCUCAAUCCGGAUAUCAAGAAGGGGGCGUGGAGCGUUGCCGAAGACGAGACGCUGGUUGACUUGCACAGAACGCAUGGCAAUCGAUGGUCGGAGAUUGCGAGGCACUUGCCAGGUCGAACUGACAAUGCUAUCAAGAAUCACUGGAACUCAACAAUCAAAAGGAAGAUUCGUCCAGAUGGGAGAGGUCUUAUGCACGUGCCGACAAACCGGAAAACUACACUUUCCGAGCGUACAUCCGCGACAUCACAUUCGGAUGUCACAAAAGCAGCAGAACACACGUCGAAUUCAGUGAAAGACACCCACUCCCCGACAUCAAACCCCUGGAAGGAUGUGAUGUAUGAUACCCAUAACGUGUCCUCGUCAAAAGCAUCGAGACAUGGGAAGGACUACUUAUCUCGAAAUAUUACCUUGAGAGGCACGUCAAAAAGAUAUGUGGGGGCUAUUGCGGACCACGAGACAAAGAGAGGCAGUUUUGCGAGUUUAUCGUCGGCCGUCACGGGAGGCAUGUUCAUUCAAGAUUCGAAAGACAAGCACGAUGCCAUGGACGAGCUUAGUCGCAACCGUUUGCUUUCGAAAAGGACUCACAAGCAAUCUCACCCGCAAUCAGAAUUGUACGUAGAGCGAACAGACAUUGAACUCCAGGAACUGUCUUCAGUUUUUUCCUCUGGGGGGCGUGCCGUGUCCCCUCGGAACAUUGAUGCGCUGCCCGAAAACGGGAGCUUCGGCGCCGAUGAAAAGCCACAUUCGACGACUGCAGAUGGAGAUGACUUGGUUCAGUACGAUCAAGAAACUGAUUACGAUAUUGAAUCGGAGUCCCCGACAACAGUAUUAUUCGGCUGUCCUGAUCAGCUCAAGAGUACCACAGAGAGCCCGAGUUUCUCUCGGAGACGUCGAUUAAACGAUGCCGACAGCCCCACACAUCGUUCUCUUCACAAGCGUCACAAAAGCGAGCCUUCCGUGUCUCCUAAUUGCGGCCCUCUACCUCCCUUUCUGUUUGGGCUUGGGAGCAAUGAUUUUGGGAUUGACGAGCCGCCACUUCCUGAAUUUGGAGUCAUACUUCCCGGAUAUGAAGAUGUCGGCAUCCUACCUAUACCCGGCCAUAACGAGGACCUCAGCGUCGUAAAUCACGCUUCAUCCGACGCGGCAGCAUCCGACGCGGCAGCAUUCGGCAACUCCACAAGUGCAUCGGAAGAUAUUGACCAUCAGCUCCCGUGCGAUGACCUCGAUGCAAUGGUCAAUGUAUAUAGUACAGACAACCUGAACUACCCAUCACUCAUGCCGUCCAUUAAUCCAGUGGCUCCUCCCGACUACGGUUUCUAACGCGGACCUAGGUGGAGUGUGCUCUCAAGGGCUUCUUGUCACGGUGCAGCGAUCCAUACCCUCUUCGCUUGUACAUCGUUUCAAUUGCGUGCCUGAAUUGGAAGGGGAAAAGUGUGGGCACAUGGGAAGGUUUUUUUUUUUAGCACAGCUCAUUCUCGACGGACAGAAAGAACAGUUUGUAGAAGAAUAGAAGACGGGGGAAGUUUACGGGUUACUGCAUGACUCCGACGGGCGCAAGUGACUUUCGCAGAGAUCCGCUUUUCGAUGGAACUCUCAGACCAACGCAUGAGUGUUUGCACUGGACGACUGUAAAUGAACCGCACUUUUCUCUU